UUUAAAUCGUUUCAUUCAUUUGCCGACGAAUAUUGUCUCGCAGUGAUAGCGGUGUUGAUGCGGACUGUGCUGGCUUAUUCACCGCAGCACUCGUUUUCUGAAAAUACGAAAUAAGAAUGGCUUUAUUAACUCCUUUGUUCGCGUUUCUGUAUCAUUUGCCACAGGUUUACAAAUGGCUACUAAAGCCAUACUACAUAGCCUCGUUAUUUAUGUGUAUGGCGUUCUUGCUCAUCCGCAAAACGCCUGGAAUCUGCGAACAUCUUUCGACGCAGCGUGAGGAUGGCAAUUCAUGCGAUUUUGACUGGAGAGAGGUGGAGAUACUUAUGUUCUUGAGUGCUAUAGUCAUGAUGAAGAACAGAAGAGCAAUUACCAUUGAGCAGCACGUGGGCAACAUCAUCCUCUUUUGUAAAGUGGCCAAUGUGAUCCUGUUCUUCAGACUGGACAUACGUUUGGGGCUUCUCUACUUGACAUUGUGUAUCGUUUUCCUGAUGACCUGCAAACCUCCUCUCUACAUGGGCCCUGAAUACAUCAAGUACUUCAGUGAUAAAACCAUUGAUGAUGAGCUGGAGAAGGAUAACAGAGUGACUUGGAUCGUGGAGUUUUUUGCUAACUGGUCACCAGAGUGUCAGUCGUUCGCUUCCGUCUAUGCUGAUCUGUCCUUAAAGUACAACUGUGCAGGGCUGAAAUUUGGCAAAGUGGACAUUGGUCGUUACAGCGAAGUAGCCAAAAAGUACAGAGUCAGCACCUCUCCUCUCUCAAAGCAGCUGCCCUCUCUGGUGCUCUUCCAGGGAGGAAAGGAAAUUAUGAGGCGCCCUCAAGUGGACAAAAAGGGACGGGCGGUGUCUUGGACCUUCACAGAGGAAAACAUCAUCCGAGAGUUUAACCUCAACGAGUUGUAUCAGAAGUCGAAGAAGCUCGGAAAGACCAAAGGAGAGAAGUUCGAGAGGCCCACCGAAUCUGUGUUUUCGCCUGUGCCUGAAGAGGAGGAACCAGAGGCUGAGACCAUCACUGCGAUGGACACAGAGAGCAAGAAGGACAAAUAGAAAGUGCAUGCUGCUGAAGAGCACUGUGAAUCACUAUGGGACUGGAGAUAAAUGUGCUAAUGUUUAGUAUGCAGAGAGAAAGAGUUUGUAUGAAGUUAUAAACAGAAUGAUUGUGGUAUUGUUUUGUUUGGGUUUUUUUGUAUAACGUAUUAAUUAAGUGCAAAAUCAGUCCAAUAAUAUAGUAAAUCCUAAUAUUAUUACAUAUUUAAAUUUCAUAAUCAUCAAUAUACUGAACACAGUCGAUCAAGCAACUGGGACAUUGAUAUUCAAUCUGUCAGCUGUUUUAAUUUAAUCAAGUUAAACAGUUAAACAUUGGACAUCUACCUCUAAUAUGGUUAAUAAUUGUGAAGUGAUAAUUAGUAGGGGUUAUUUUCUGUUGCAUAUGCAUCACUGUUGGGGAACAAACUUUAUAUCAGUUUCUAUUGUAUUGUUAAUCCUUCCAUUCCGUUGUCACUCCUAGUUUUUUAUUUUUUAGAUUUUUUUACUACUUUACCGAAACGUAGCUUGCUUGUGUGAUGGCACGGACUACUGUACUGAAUUUAGUGAUUUUAAAAAGGGAGGGUCUUUUUUUAAGUAUGGUAAAAAGAUUUAAAAUAUUCUGCAAAAUUUAGUUGUCACUUUUGACAUUGAGACCCACUUACACAUUUCAUUUCAGAGAGAAUAUACUGAUGUAAAAGUCUUAAAUAUGUUUGUAUUAUUUUAGUUUUCUUUGUGCUGACUGAUUAAAGCGUUUAACAUUUCUUUAUUUUGAACUGACAGGCACAGAAGAAAGCUGCAGGCAGUCUUCACCUUUUAACCUUUUCCAGUCAUUACUCUCAUUGUUGGGAGCUUUUAUUGUCAGUUUGUUCAUGUGGAAUCUUGUCAUCAAUUUCCCCACAAAAAUCUGUAUUGUUUUACUUCCCUAUUGAGUUAACCAUUCUUGAUUUUUAUUGUUUUUUUCUCCACUGAUCUUUAAUGAAUUUAAUAUCUGGAAGACGACUAAGUGCUUGAGUGGUUGUGAAAGAAAGCUUUUUUUUUUGCCAUUCUAAUAAAACACUUUGUUCUUCA